CUCGUGGAGGCAGCUAGCGUGAGGCUAGGGAGCACUGAGCCGCGCCUCAUGCCCUGCGCUACCCAGACUAGUGAACAAUACAGUCAGGAUGGCUAAAGGUGACCCCAAGAAACCAAAGGGCAAGGUGUCUACUUAUGCUUUCUCUGUGCAGACAUGCUGCAAAGAACAUAAGAAGAAAAACCCGGAGGUCCCUGUCAAUUUUGCAGAAUUUUCCAAGAAGUACUCUGGGAGGUGGAAGACAAUAUCCAGGAAAGAGAAAUUUAAAUUUGACGAAAUGGCAAAGGCAGAUAAAGUGCUCUAUGAUCGGGAAAUGAAGGAUCAUGGACCAGCCAAGGGAGGCAAGAGGAAGAAGGACCCUAAUGCCCCCAAAAGGCCACCGUCUGGAUUCUUCCUGUUCUCUUCAGAAUUCUGCCCCAGGAUCAAAUCCACAAACCCCGGCAUCUCUAUUGGAGACGUGGCAAAAAAGCUGGGUGAAAUGUGGAAGAACUUAAAUGACAGUGAAAAGCAGCCUGACAUCACUAAGGCGGCAAAGCUGAAGGAGAAGUAUGAGAAGGAUGUUGCUGACUGUAAGUUGAAAGGAAAGUUUGAUGGCACAAAGGGUUCAGCUAAAGUUGUGCGGAAAAAGGUGGAAGAGGAAGAUGAAGACGAGGAGGAAGAAGAGAAGGAGGAGGAUGAGGAUGAACAAACAAACUGUUUAUCUGUCUCCUUGUGAAUACUUAGAGUAGGGGAGCGCCGUACUCAACAUCUCUCUUAUUUGAGAAGUAUCUGUUGCCCUCAUUAGGUUUAAUUACAAAAUUUGAUCACGAUCGUAUUGUAGUUCCUCAAAGUGCUUUAGAAAUUGUCAGUGGUGGCCGGGCGCGGUGGCUCAAGCCUGUAAUCCCA